CCGAGGCAACCAUCCACAACUUGUGUCCGACGUCCAAGCCCGUUCCGCUAUAGCAUCUUGUCUAUAGAAUGGAUGUUGUCACUCAAACCUACAAGAUUCCCCUACUCUUUCUCGCCCCACCUUCACCCAGGUAGGACCGAAACAUGGCCGCGUAUUGUAUGUUUGGGGGGCAGAGGGGCAACAUGAAGACUUCUUCGCUCUCGAUUGGGUAGAAGAGGAAUGGUGCGUUGUGCAGAGCGAAGGGAACUUGCGCCUGGAUCACGCCACGCUCACUCCUCCACUUAUUAUGAGUUUGAGCAGCACGAAUACAUUGUAAUCUAUGGUAGAAGGCAUAUCUCAGGAUAUAAGGCAUUCGCUGACGACGGCUUUGCAGGCGGUUACGACGAUUGCUACUUGCCUGGUCACACAGCGCACGUCUAUUCUUUGGACGAAUCAUCGUGGUUAUAUAAGUCUCCGGAACCCUCACCAUUCGUAGUGACACCAACGCCCCGAUCGUACCAUACUGCGACUUUCGUGAACGUGGAUAAUGAACCAUACCUCUUUGUCGUCGGCGGUAUCCACCAUACACGAGGCAACGAAGGUCGCACAUAUGUACUCUCAGAUCUCAAUAUCCUGAAUCUUCGAAGGCUUGAAUGGAGCUCUCUACCGCUUGUGUCGCGUUAUCACCAUUCCGCUGUCCUACUUCCUGGGAGUUCCCCCCGUAUCUUGGUCAUUGGUGGCAGGGAUUCACGGGGUUUGUGGAGCUCUACGCCAUUUGUCAUCGACGUCCGUGCCGCCUUGAAGAAAUCUGGAUUAUCCGACAUAGACUGCCUGGGUUUACCUUCUCGUACGACAAGUGAGGGACAUGACGAGGAUGACGACCGGCUCUGGAGUAGUCUCGUACUUCCCAUAGGCCCAUUCCUGCCCUUUAACAGGCCCUUGUGGCUGGCUCGUGACGGGAGCAUCAUUUUCGUCUUCGGGUGUGCUGUCGAUCCUAAUGAGAUACCACACGUCCAUAAUUUGACUUCCGAAAUGGCUAGCACGAGUGGGAUUCUUGUUUCUUUCCAUUUUGAUCCUGGUUGGACGACGUGCGUGCAAUACUCCGUACUUUCCCAGGUUUCUUCGGCAGAUCCAUUGGCGACGAACUCGAAUCGGAAGUGGGUAUGGUUCGGAGUCCUCGACAGUCAUCUCGUAUUUGAUCCUCUGGACGACGAUCCAGCAUUGAUGUCUAGUGGAAGCGAGAAGCUUUUAAUGAUCCUCUCUACCGACUCUCGUGAGGUCGGACAUACGUCAAAUGUUGGGCGCGUUGAGUCUGAAGCAUCAUAUAACGCAGUGUUGCUUCCUCUCGCGCGAAUCCUACAUAGCUCCAGUGACGACAGAGCCAGGAGUUGCCUGGAGAGACAUCCAACAAUACCUAGUCUUUGUUCGUUUGCAGUGCAUGCUCCGCAAUUGUGGCACCCCAUAGAAUCUCCCACCGCAUUGGACCGUCGACCACUCUACACUGAUACUACAAUCAUCUGCUCAACUGCGUCGUCUCCCCCCUUGUACGCUCACUCCCUCAUCCUUUCUGCACGGUCAUCCUUUUUCCGCUCGUUGUUCCAAAGUGGGCUCGCAGAAUCUAGCAAAAAGGAAGUCCGCCUGGAUGAGCCGUAUUUAGUUUCAUACGUCUUGCUACAUUACUUCUACACAGAGAUGCUUCCGCCGUUCUUAGCGCAAUAUUCCACGGUUCAUUCCCAAAGCGUUGGGAAGUCUUCAUGGAUACAGAAUGCGAAUGAUGCGGUUAAACUUGCAUCCGCAACCUUAGUAGCAGCCAGCAAGUAUCUUUCUCCGUCCAAUCUGACAUUCCAACUUCAUACACUAAUCCGCAAGUGCAUCAACACUGGAAAUGCAAUAUGGGCAUGGCACGCGGCCUGGUUAACUGGCGAUUCUCGAAGCGGUACCAUUGAUGAAUCCACGAUUCGAUUUCGCCGCGUUAACCAAGACGAGGGCAGUCAAGAGGUUUCAGGAUGGCUAGUUGAUGUACUUCGAAAAGAGUACAUCAGGCAGGCGAGGAUUGCCUCUACACCCUCUCGUCGGUUUUUCGAGGAGAUUGACAGGUGGUGUGCUCGAAGAGCGAGAAAGUUGCUGGACGAGUUUUCGGAAUUUGAAGGCAGUGAGGACCCGGAGUACGCAAUAGAAGAAGACGCCCUGGAUGCUUUUCUUAGUAGAUUGAACACUGGAUCUAAAUCUUAAAUCUGCACUAAAGCCGCGUGUCUGAGUGAUUGCACGGUAGGGAGGGCGCAAUAUCUUGUGCCCCGUCUCGGUGAUUCUAAUUUCGCCGGGUCGUCAUAGUGUGUAUUCUUACCAGGACUGGACUGGACCCAGUUUCAUGUAGCCUGGUCCAUGGAUAUGUCAAAACCUAUGUGUAUGCGAGUGAGGGCUCUCAGGUGAAAUAGUAGAGCUUCCCAGCAUUGCUGCUGAUCGUUGCUCGCACUG